AUGAAUCAGUCAUCGUCUCCGAAUACCGACGAAACCAAUGUCCAUUGGAGUAAAAUCGUCCUUGGCGUUUUCCUUUAUUUAAUUGUCCUGGUUACUAUUUUUGGCAACAUCCUCGUGUUGGUCGCCGUCAAAAGUAACAAACGUCUACAGACGGUGUUUAACUUUUACGUAGUAAAUUUGGCUUUGACGGAUGUUUCAGUAGCUGUCACAGCUAUGAGUUUCUACACAUUGGACAAUAUACUGGGUUACUGGCCCUUUGGUAGGAUCAUGUGUGGUGUUUGGAUCUUUUUUGAUUAUGGGAUGACUUUCGCGUCCGUCUUCACGCUGUGUAUUAUUUCCAUUGACCGGUUUUGGGCAGUGAAUUGGCCGAUACAUUAUAAAUCACACCAUAACAAAAAGAAGGCUCUUGGAAUGAUUUGUGGUGUGUGGUUGUUUACAUUAAUGGUAUGGUUACCUCCAUGUAUAAUGGACCGUGUACAGAACUAUAUAACUGACGAUACCUGUAUUUGGGACCCUGCCUUAAACCAAGAAAUGGUAAUCGUAAUAGGUGUCGUAGGUCACCACGGUUCCUUCUUCUUGCUGUUUGGCUGUUAUCUCCGGGUUUUGUUUGUAGUACGACGGCAAAGGAAAAUUAUCUCGGCGGAAACAACGGUAGAUUUGUCGAAUUCAAAUGUAAGUCGUAAAAAUCAAGCCACGAAUUGUACAGUGAGUGAAUCAGAUGACAUUCCUUCUGUGUCUGUAGUCUGCAAAACAGACAAUAAUCAUCUCAAAAUUCCUAAUUUGGAAAAAGUAAACUCGACAAAUUCAGAAUCAAGAAGCACUAACAAUAACCAUCAAACAGCUCGAAAUCAAACCAACGACACAAAAGCCUCUAAAGCCAUCAAAGAUUCUCGAGUAUUUAUAACCUUGACCUACAUCAUCGUUGGAUACAUCAUUUGCUGGGUACCAUUUCAUGUUGUCUAUGACGUCACAGCAAUACGCCCAGAUCUAGUGUCAGACACGAUAUACUCAAUAACAUUCUGGUUGACCUACAUAAACUCUACUUUGAAUCCUUUUCUGUAUAAUUUUGGUAGUCCAGAAUUCCGAUCAGCUUUUCGUGAAAUACUGCGUGGAAGACAUCUAUAAUUAA